CAUCUUGUUAUCAGGGCACUAACCUAACAUCAACAUUCCCACAAGAGAGAGAGAGAGAGAGAGAGAGAGAGAGAUGGAGUUGAAUGAACAUGGUUUCUUAGAGGAGUUAUUAGCUCUAAGAAGAGACAGUAGUAGUAGCAGUACAUGGGAAACCAAUAUUCCAACAGAAAUGAAUGAAUUGUUGUCUAGUAGUGGUAGCUGGGGAAAUUUUGAUUACUUUGAUCAACAAAACCCUUCAUCUUCUUUCCUCCCAAUUUCUUCCUGCACCCAUGAAUUCUCACCUUCAUUUGAACCCAACUUUAACAGCAGCAACUUCAACGGUAACACCACCGUCAAUCAAGAAGUCUACUAUCCCUUAGGCUUUGGCAUUACUGAUGAAGCACUGCUCUCAGCUCACCAGCAGGUCACUGACUCAUCCUACAACACCCUCGACACACCACCGUUUCCGGUCCCGGAAGACAAUCCAUGGUCCAUGCUUGAAGAAGAAGAGUUGGGUUUCCCUGGUGAUGAAAUGCACAACUUGGAGACUCAAGCUGAAGCUGCUGGCUGCAAAGUGGAGCCAACUCAGUCCCCUGACCAAGUCCCAGCUUUCAACAUAGGAAUGUGUGUGGAGAGAAAUACCAGAGCUAAUAAUAAGAAGUUGCAGGGGCAGCCAUCAAAGAAUCUAAUGGCUGAGAGAAGAAGAAGAAAGCGAUUGAACGACCGGCUUUCGAUGCUAAGAUCAAUUGUGCCCAAGAUAAGUAAGAUGGAUAGAACAUCUAUACUUGGAGACACUAUAGAUUACAUGAAGGAGCUCCUGGAGAGAAUCAACAAUUUGCAACAAGAAAUUGAAGCAGAUCCAGAUCAGUUAAAUGUGAUGAGCCUUUUCAAGGAUAUAAAACCAAAUGAAAUGCUAGUCAGGAACUCACCUAAGUUUGAUGUGCAAAGGAGGAAUGCGGACACCAAGAUUGACAUAUGCUGUACAGGAAAGCCAGGGCUGUUGUUAUCUACAGUAUCUACCUUGGAAGCCUUAGGCCUUCAGAUUCAACAGUGUGUUAUUAGCUGCUUCAAUGAAUUUGCAAUGCAAGCUUCUUGUUCAGAGGAUUUUGAUCAGAGAACAAUGGUAACUUCUGAAGACAUAAAGCAAGCACUAUAUAGAAAUGCAGGAUAUGGAGGAAGAUGCUUGUAAUUGCAAGAAAGUAAGAACUUUGCGGUAAAUUUUUGGAAGAGAUGGCUUUUUAUGUAAUCUCUGGAAUUUCAGUGACAGUUGCAACUGAGAGUUUAUAAUGCUCUUUUAUUAAAUAAUUGGUGUCAUUUCAUGGAGUAGCAUUUGCUUCAGUAGUAGGAGAUGUUAAUUCAUGUACAAUGUAUUUUCUAUUUUCUUCUCCAAGAGUAAAAGAGUGUCUUCUACA